AUGGCACCAAAAGUAGCUAAAAGGGGCUCAGCCAAGAAGCCCAGUGCUCCAGGAGCCGCAUGUGUCAACAAGAACUGGGAGGCUGGUCUCACCAGAGCUCCGUUUGAAGAGGAGUCAUGGAAGGCCUGUGUGUCUUUGGUGGUCGGGGGAAGACCAGAGGAUGAGGAACUGACCCAGCUCCUGUCUUUGGCUGUGCAGAAACCGAUACGCAAACUCUUCAACCUGUUGACCUGGGACAGCACCCUGGCAAAAAUCAAUGAACUGGGGAAUCCCAAGGCGAAAAAACCCGAUGACGUCUCCCCGUUCUAUGAGGUCACAGAGCCUGCGAAGGUGCUGCUGGACGCAGGAGAGGAAAUACCUUGUGACUUGAUGGCAAAAAUACUGAAGUUCCAGCUGCUAAGGAUCAAAGCCCAUGAUCAGCAGAGGCGGGAAGCGGAGCAGUCUGAGGAGGAGAAGACAAAGGCCAGACCUCCCUCCUCCAGCAAGGACAAAGGAGGAGCGAAGGUCUCUGACAAAAAGGGAAAGGGUCCGCAUUCACCUGUGGUACCCUCGAAAGAGAAGACCAAGCUCAAACGAAGGAAUGAAUUUGAGCCACCAAACUGGAUCGAUGACGAGCCACAGGAUGGGCCUCAACACUACAUCUUGCUGCUGGGCUUCUACCAGCCCCGCCUGAUUGGGGCGCUCGAUGCCAUAGGUGUACAUGUAGCCAAUGUCAUUAAACUGUGUUCUGGGCACACAUCAACUUCUGAGGGCAACGAGCAGAGUCGGAGGGCCUCUCUGGCUUUGGAUGCAGCAGAGGUUCACGGCAGUGUAGAGCUGGCUGUGCCGACCAGGAAGUUGGAUCUCUUCUGGUCAGGUCUGAGAGCAGUUUUGGACAGCGGGCCUCCAAACUCCGAGCUCCAUGAUGCAGUUCAGAUCAGCUACACGGUCCCAGAUGGCCGGCCUCCCCUCCACACACAGGACCCUGAGGCCGAGCUGGAGAUGGGAAGCCGCAUCUUUGAGGGUGUGGCCAAGCUCAUAUAUGACUGUCUGGACUGGCGCAGGCAACAUCAGCACUACCUACACAGCAUACAACUCCUCAGUGUGCCUACUGUUGCUUUAUUGGAUCCACAGCCUGCAGAGGUUGUGACAACCCCUCUCCCCCUGACUCCACGCUCCAAAAAGAAAUCGGUGCGGGAGGAAAGGCAAGAACAAGAGGCCCUGAGGCCUCCUCUCUCGACCGAAGUGGACAUGCGUUACUAUUGCAACCUCCUCGACCUGGUUCCCCCCGAAGCCUGCUCUGUGCCUCUGAUCAUGCACUGCAUGCUGGAACAGGUGGUGAUUUCAACCGAGGAGUCUUUGUCCACCCUGCCCUGUGUGGCUGAGGCCAAACCUCACAACGCCCUUGGGUUGGACUCUCAGCUGGUCAGCUUCAUGCUCCAAAGCUUCCUGCCCCUCGUACACACAAACGCGGAGAGACGCCACAUGUUAAAUAGUUUGCUGACAACAGCACAGAAUGAAGAAGACAAGAAGAGACUUGAGGAGAAGUUUGGAGUAGAGGAGACGCAGAAGAAGUCGGAGCACCCUCUGGUCAUCAGGCAUCAUGAUGAGAUGGCAAAGCGUUUGAGGGAUAUCAAUGCAAUCCAGGGUUUUGAUCCAGCAGAGGUGGAGCUGUCCAUGAUGAGGAGGUCUCCGGUGUGGGAGCUGAUCCAGUCUGUGGCUCGGCCGAGAGACAGCAGCUCUUGCUGGAUGGCGAUCAAACAGCAGCUUCAGCACUACUGCACAGAUGAUGUUGUAUCAUGGCUGGAGGUGGAGCGUUUGAUUCAUCAGAGUGUGUUUGAGAGUAUGCCACUGACCGGGCUGGGCCCAAACGGUGUACUGCAAAAUGCUCCUGGACCACUGGGACCACUGUAUCCAGAACAUCAACAGACACCUGCAAUAAUCCCCUGGGACAACCCGCUAUCCUACGCUAAACAGCAGUGUAAUAUCCUACGGACUAAAGGGCCGACAUUUCUCACCCAAGACUCGAGUAACACAGAGCAGAUCAGAGGGAACGUGUGUUGCCAGCUGGACUUGCAUGACAUUCAGAGUAGUCGGCUGAGAUGUCUGUUUGACUGGCACUAUACUGAACACCACAGUGCCUCCAUCUUCCCACAGGUACUCCAGUUGGCAUCAGAAGAAUACCGCUGCUUGGACACUUUCAGAGGAAGUCAUAACAACAUCCUGUACAUUUUCUGUCACAAUCCAAUGAGCCCUUAUCGCCAAUGCAAAGAGUUCUGGGAUGUAACCCUUCACACCGAUGUCAAGUUCAGGAAUUACCUGGAGCACGUGGCUGAUACCAUAUCAGACUGGACCAAAGAGGAAGAAUUAAAGAGAGAGGCAAUGCAGCUCCGAGACCUCGGCCCUGCUGAGUCUCCAAGAGACGAGACGGCGACACAUUCUGCAGACGAGGAGGACACUGUGGUCAUCAGAAAAGGCUCCUUUAAAGCCAUGAGGUUGGAGCAAGAGCAGCUAAAGGAGGAGGAGAUGACCAAAAAAGGCAAGCAGCAGAAGGAGAAGCCUAAGUUGACAGACGGCAAGAAAAGUAAAACUCCAUCAAGUGGCAAGAAGAGCCGAGCAGAGACAGACGCCAGGUCAGCCAAGACUCCCACAGAGUCCAAUACGACCACAGUGGAGAAGAACAAAGAACUGCACCCGACAGAGGAGGCCUGCAAUGCUUUCACAGGCUACAGCAUGGAUGGAAGGUUGAUCCAUGUGUCGGGUCAGAGCCAAUACCUUUUCCCUUCAGAUGGAGGACACAUCACUGUGGAGAACGUCAGCUUUAUUGAAGGUUCCAGCCUAAUGAAAGUGGCGGUGAAGAAGGAUGGCCAUCAUUUCUACACACACAUCAAUCAAGUUGUUGUUGAUCCAGCAAAUCCUCUCCCUCAGCCCCGGGACCAAGAAACCAACGGUAGAAAAGAAGAUAGAGUGUGUGUGUGUGUGUCCUUUUCAGUGUCAAAGCCUGUGGACAUAGGAAGAGUGAAGCAGGGCUCCCUCUCGGCAAAGUUGGACAAUGGAAUCCACCUCUCUUACAGUUUCUAUGGUCCCACAGGAGAAUACAGAGACGGUCACCAGGAAACCGCGCGUGAGGCCCCAGGGACCGCUGCCUUUGUCCCCACCCCUCCCUCCUCCUCCUCCACACACUGCUCCAAGUCUACGGUGUGUGAAGGCCCGGAAGCAUCGACACCAAGUCCGUUCAACGGUCUCAACCUGUCUGUUCCUAAUGGCCUGCUGCUGCAAUUUCUGCGAGAAGAUGCACUCGGAGUGUCCUCUGAAGAGCAGGGCAUGUUGGUGAAACAGGGCUUUCCUCUUCAUGGUAGGGGAGCUGUUGGGCAGCUUCAGGACCCUUCCCUCUCCAAAGAACUGUCCCGCGUUGUUACUUACCAAGGAGCUGUGAUCCGAUACAUGAGAGACGGGUCCACAGAGGUUCUGUUUGCAGACAGCUCAGUCAGUUUCAGCCAGGAUUCUGGUCCGGUGUGGGUUCCCGACUCUGAGGUUGAGGAGGAAAACACCUCUCAAGAAACUGAGGACAACAAGAAAGAGCCCAGCUUAGAGAAGGAGCCUGGUCAUCAGAGAGGGUGUUGGUUAACUACGACUCCAUCUGGAGCUCGCAUCCACACGGUGGGGACCACACACAAACACAUAGCCACCACUCCUCUUCUGGCCUUCAAGGCUUCAGACCCCAUCACCCAUGAGGUGAUGCUGAGCCGGGAGGAUCUGGUGGUUUCUGUGCAGAACCCAGACGGAUCUCUGACUGUAGAACAUGCAGACGGAACCAGGAUCACCCGUCUUUACAAAGACAGACCACCAAGCACACCGCAACAUUUACUGCUUCACACAGGGGAGCAUCCUGAGAGUGCGACCCUCAAGUCAACUUCUGAAUGUGCGUGCGGCUGCACCGAGUGUGUGUGCGUCACGCGCCGCGCGGACAGCCAUCGUGAGAACGUCCCCUCCCAGGACAUUUGUGACGGUGGAGAGGAGAUUAGCGGGGACGGUGCAGGGAAAGCGUGUGACGACGAGGGCGAGGGUGCUGGACGUGCUUCCUCAGAGUGUGAGCGUGUGUGCGAUGAAAGAGAACGUGCUGCGGAUGGGACGGGUGAGGAGAGCGUGUUCGCAGGAGAAACUGUGGCUGAGAAUGCGGAGAGGAGUGCGCUUGAGAGCGAUAAGGGGAGUGUGUCUAGCAAGGAGCGGGUGGUGUUGGUGGAGAAGGAGGGCUGCCCCACAGUGGUGAUGUACCCAGAGCGACACACGGCUCACGUCUUUUUAGCUGAUGGAACUGUCGUCACGGGGAACAACCAAGGAGCCUAUCAGGUGUUCCCAUCCAGUACGGGGCUCAUACAGAUCCAAAGUGAUGGGAAGUGUGUGUACUCAUCUGACCCACUUGUCACCCCGAGUCCAAAGGGUUGCACUCCCACAGACCAACCAGGAAGCUACACCAUGAGUCAUUCAGGCAUCGUGGCCUGUGACAUUACAGACCCUGAUGGGAACCACUUUCAGGUGCUGGAAGAUGGACAGUUAUUAGUCUUGAACUGUAGCGCUGCUCCGAGCACACUCAACCAGGAUGAGGCGGAACCAGAGGAGGAGGAGGAGGACAGAGAAAUGGCCAAGAUUAAUGGAAAACAUAGAGAACAUUGUCCCAGGCUGUUCCUGGUGCACGAGGACGGCUCAGGCACCGAACUCCUGAGCUCUCAGACCGCAGAGGAACUGCUUUACCAGGCAUAUGCGGACCGGGCCAUAGCACUGCUGAAGGAACCACUGGCAGACACACAAGAUGAGUUUGGCAUUACCAUCUUGAAGCCCAGCCACCAGAGCGUCUGGUCCCAGUGGUUGCUAGGGAAACGGAACCAUGACAUCACCCCGCCCAACCUCCAAAACCGCAGCUGGCAUGACUUCCCUAGAAUAGAGAAGAAGAGCCCAGGUCCUCCGUUUGGCAUCGACAUGGGACGAGGUUUGUCCCUGAUUGACAGGUCCGGUGGUUCCGCAGCACAGCGGCAACCUCUGAGAAGCUGCCCUAAAGUCCUGGAGAUGAGGGAACUGUUCCAGCACCGACCAUUCACCACACCACUCAAAAAUACCAUCGACACACGACUGACGGAAUACAUCGAGAGUUUGAUGGUGAGGGAGCAGCGAUCAGAGGAGGUGGACCUCAAAGACCCUCGCACUGAGGAGGAGAGUGCUCAUGCCAGUCAUCUGCUCAAUCUGGUCCUGUCUUUUGCAGAAGAAGAGGAUGCAGGUCCUGUCUUUGAAAAGAGGACUUCAGUGGACAUAGCCAAUCUGUACAGCCAAGGAGUUGGAGACCCCGUUGAGCGGUCAGAUGGUUCAGAAGACACAGCCUCAGUAACAAGUGACAGUUUCACGAGCAUAAAGGAGUCAAAAUGGACAGAAAGGCGUACACAGAACAGACAGGAGAUACGUGAGCAACAGGCUCAGAGAGAGGCUCUGAGGAACAACAACAUUAUUCCCUUUUUCCACACAGAAAAUAUCCCAUUAUACCAGAAGAUGCUCCAGCACCAAAUGCCCGACAUGAGGAGUUCAUCAAUGGAUCUCCCUCCGCUCCCCAAGUCAGGCAGCACCGAGGAGUUCCUGAAAGACGCCCCACAAGAGAAGACCCCACGGCCCUUCAACCCAACACCCUCUCAAUCGGAAAGGUCUUUUGCUCUCAGUCGUGCAGGAAGUAGUGACAGGAUUCUUGAAAGAAGGCCCACCAACCCCACGCCUCAGACUGCCGGUGGAAGCAGUCCGAGAGGUUCAUCUGGGCAAUGUAAGUCCGUCCAGGUGGACGUGACUGGAAGGCUGAGGAGGACUAAAGUCAGACUCCCGAGCUCGAUCCUCGGCUCUAAACCUUACAGCGUACCGAAUGAACAGUUCCUGGCCGUGGAGGAGCCCGUGAGGAGGAAGUGUCGAACUAUUUCUCUGACUGAUCCGAGUGUCGUGACGAGGGGAUUCCAGCUGCUCCCGUCCAGCGUUGACUUCGGCACACUGCAGGAGGGCACCUCCUCUGCCAUUACCGUGGUGAUGAAGAAUGUGGGUGUCGACACCUGCAGGUUCCACGUGAAACAGCCUCCUGCUGCUACAGGCCUCCGGGUCAUCUACAAUCCUGGGCCUGUGGCCGCAGGUCUGCAUGUUGAACUGCAGGUCCAGCUGUUCGCCAUGUGUCCAGUCCAAGCAGGAGAGGUAGAGCUAAAGAAGUACAUCUCCCAGGACAUCAUCCUCCACACUGAGACGGACAUCCUCUACCUGCCCGUCACUGCAACCGUCCUACCUGAGAGGUUAUAUGGCAUUUGGCUUCAGGACAACACGGGGAACAAGAAAGGCUCCAGAGUCCGUCGACUUCCUCCCAGCGCCGCUGGACGUUGGGGCCGCACAUCCCCACAGACGACCCAUCACCCCUCUGACCAGUCCUUUGGCAAACGAGGGACAUUUUAAUUGGACCACUCGGGCUACACGUCACCGGCCUCCCAUCAGAAUUUGUUAAAUCUUUUUAUUGAUUGAUUUUGUCAUCCAAUCAUCAUAAAUACCUCACUCCACUCUGUUAUUGCAAACACAUUUUGAUAUGUGUAUGGAUAUAUACGUUUCAAAUAAAAAUGUUACCGAUAUAAUUGUAUUAAUUAAGUGCAUUCUCGGCUUUGGUGAAAACAUGUCUGGAGCGCGAGCCCUGAAGACGUCAAACCAGACUCGAUGAAUACCAGUUGUGCCCAUUUUCUUAGCGCAGGAGUUGGAAGUGUGCGCGCGCGUCUGUAUCCACAGGGGAGACCCGCGCCUGGUGCGUGUGCUCGGGUGUAGAGAUGGGGGUGGGGAUGUUGGUAUAUGACGUCAUCGGAGACCCGACGCAAGCUCCAAAGAAAGUUGAAUAAUGACAUCAGCUUUGCCGUCGUGUGUUUAACCUCCACGAUUUCCCGCACUGGGCCCGAAGCCGCGCGCGCGCGUCCGGUCCGCGCUCAUUAGCCUCUCUGACUCCGUCCGUGGAGCUGCAGCCUGGUCCCGGUUGGCUCUCCUUGCGCUCUCGGUCACGCGCGCACACGUGCGCAUACGCACAGUCGUAUAGCCGAGCAUCACGAGAGGCAGUGGCAGCG